AAAUGUGCACCUGCUGACUAUUCUUUAUAAUCUUUUGAAUACUGUAAUUGUACUAUGCAUUUUAGUUGUUAUUUUAUUGGUAUCAGUAAAUGGAUACUUUUUCAUUUUUUUAUGUUUUUGAUGUUGAAUAUGUUCAUGAUGUUAAUUACUAGCAGGAAAAAGCUGGAUAAUUAGAUCUUUUAUCUAAAGUAAUGAAAAUCUGUGGUUAUCAUGCGGUUUUGCAAACAAAAACAAAAAGCCCUUUUCGCAUGGGAUCAUGGGUACAGUUAAGGACUGAAAUGGCGGACUUGUCAAAUGAAGAUAAACCUGAUAUAGCUGCGCCAGUGUUUGUGCUUCAGAAAGGCAGAGCACAGAAGAGGUCAGCAGAUGGAUCUGGUGCAGAGGAUGGAGAAGAUUCCGAUCAAGAUGAUAGCAGUUAUUGUCCUCCUGCUAAGAGAGAAACAUUAUCUUUCACACACUUCCCACCCUCUAACUCUGUUUCUAAGAAUAAUGUUUUCAUGCCAUCCAGUUUCUCUCAGUCCCCGACUGGAAAUUCUGAUUCAGAGCCUGAGGAGAAGGUUGUGGGUUUUCGUCUGAGGCCACCAACGUUAAUACAUGGACAGGCGCCAAGUGCUGGAGUCCCAAGCCAGAAACCUAAGGAGCAGCAGCGCAGUGUCCUUCGUCCAGCUGUGCUUCAGGCACCUCCCUCCAAACCUUUCAGCCCAUGCAACAAUAGCAGCAGUACAAAUGGAGUGAAGAAGCCAUCAGAAGCACAGCCAGAACGAGAGAGGAACUCUGAUGGAAGCUCACAUCAGAAUGAAAAACUGCCGAUGACAAAACACAUUGGAGAUGAAUUCCAAAAAAAUGGGGACAAAACUAAAGAACAAGUCCUGCCCCUGGAGUCAUCAUUUGUAUUUGGACAAAAUUACAAAGACAGAAAUAAGGUGGAUGAAGGUUCUGAAGCAGGACAUAUCAAAGAAAGUGAUUCCAGACCUGAAAUAUCUCAGUCAGAGGAGACAAAUUAUUUCUUACAGUACAUCAAUAGCACAAGCACACAGAAAGCUGGUGAUUGCAGCGAUACCAGUACAAAGUUUGUUUUUGGGCAGAACAUGUCAGAUCGUGUUUUGAGCCCACUAAAAUGCAGCAAAGUGGCAGCAGAGGGCAGCAUGGGGUCUAAAGCAGAGAGUCCAGCCAGUGAACCCUGCUCGUCACAAGAUGUCAAUUCAGAAAAAGAUGCUAACACAGCAGAGUCUUUGGAGGAGUCAGCAGCUGCAUACACAAAAGCUACUGCCAAGAAGUGCUUGCUGGAGAAAGUGGAGGUGAGGACUGGAGAAGAGUCGGAAAGCAACGUUUUACAGAUCCAGUGCAAGCUGUUUGUUUUUGAGAAGAGCUCUCAGUCGUGGGUUGAGAGGGGAUGCGGACUCCUGAGACUUAAUGACAUGUCGUCCACUGACGUCCACAAUGGAACGCUGCAGUCCAGACUGGUGAUGCGAACUCAAGGAAGUCUACGUCUGAUUCUGAACACAAAACUGUGGGCCCAGAUGCAGGUGGACAAAGCCAGCGAAAAGAGCAUUCGCAUUACUGCCAUGGACACAGAGGACCUGGGAAUUAAAGUCUUCCUUAUAUCAGCGAGCUCUAAGGACUCAGGGCAGCUUUUUGCAGCUCUGCAUCACCGCAUCCUGGCCCUGCGGAGUCAUGCUGAGCAGGAGCUGGAGCCUCAGCCGACACUCCCAGAGGGUGAAGCCAGCCGGUCCAGCGAUGAGGACGACUCUCAUGCUGCCCCUAUAACUGCUGCUUCUGCCCCUGCUUCAGGUGUCACAGAGGGAGGGGAGACCAGGUCCGCAGGGAGCACGUAGCAGCAACUACUCAGAGUCUACUCUCAGCACUGUACACAGCCAUGCAGCCAGCACUGCUGGAAACAUCCCAGACCUCCAUCACUCUGGCCUGAAGGCUAGUUCCAGUGAGAUUAUUAUGCAGGUGUUUCUCCCUAAACUCAUAUUCACAGUCAUGGGGUGGAUAGCACUUUUUCUUUUCUGAGUAAAAAAGCAUUUUCUAGGAUGGGGAGUUAAAUUCUCAAGCUCAUCACAUUGAUGCGUAAUAGGGUGUCUGGGGCUUUGAAUAGGUUUUGUUUCCUUUUCCCCGACAUAAGAAUACUUAAUUUUAGGCGUUAGUAAAGGUGCUUAAUUUAGUUUUGGACUAGUGUAGUCAUUUUGUAAGAGGGCUAACAUUUAUGAUGAAAUACUAAAAUGUCCCCUGUGCCAGACAAAGCAAAAAGUGGAUGGUCAUUACAGCUUAAGUAGGUUAUAAGUGUCCUGACGUCUCUUUCUUGAUUACUCCAGUGCGCACUGUUAAAAUAUUAUAUUUACUUCAAAUACACUGAGGUCUAAUUGUAGACUGAGUUUUAAAGCUUCUAUAGUUUACCAGCUUGCGACUAGUGACUAUGAAUUAUUAAAAUUUUCCAAUUUGAAAUGACCAGAAACCAAGCUUAAAUCUGUUAUCCCAAAUUGUUCAAAGUGGAGCCUUGUUUUAGUUGAUUUUUGCAGGCACUCAGUAGUGGAUAAAAAUAUGGAAUAAAAAUUAUAACUAAGUGCACAUUUUCUAAUAGUUUCUAUUGUGUACAGUCUGUACAUCCAAUGACUUAUUACACUCUUUUCCCUCUUUUUGAUAAGUUUUACUACAGGAUUUCUUCAGAAAAACAUCCCUUCUUGUUCACAGAUUUUGAUAUUAAUUGUAACAACUUGCUCUCAAUUUUCAGAGUAAAUACACAAUCCUGUUCUCAGUGGAGGGGAAUUCAAGGAGAUAGAAAACGAAAUAGAUAACAGAGUGGAUAAAUAUGUUCUAAACGUACAACAAAGUCCUGACUUUUAAGUUUCCUGAUAAUUAUAGUCUUUUUAUGUGGUAAGUUUCCAUUUACUUGUCCCAGACAAUUAUCACAAAUAAUUAUUGCAGUCAGAUCUUUUAAUUCGAUUCUAUGCUUUAUUUUGAUGUUUGUUUUUAGCGAUGCACUGAAAUGAAAUUGAGGACACAUGCAGCCGAAAGAAACGAAACUGAAAAUAAAUGACAACAGACAAAUAUACAAACAUAAAACAUAAAUUAGACUUGCUAAAGUUAUUACAAGAUGUAGGCUGCAGUAUGUCCCACCAAAUCCAACUUCCUUAGUAUGAGAGGAUGGUUAGUCAUCUAAUGAAUAGCAAUGAAUUUCUUUAGUUUUUAGUUAUACUUUACACUUUGCCACUGUUAUUUGUGAAUUUCUUUUGGCCUUCCAAAAAAAAGCAUUGGAUUUUGGUAUAUUUAAUGUUUUUAUUUUUAUUUUGACUGAAAUGUGUCUGGUUGAAAUUUCUGUUUUUGUUUUGUUUAUUUUUUAUCUAUACCCAAAGCAAAAACGUAUGUUCAAAGGUAGACUGCUGAGUCUGUUGUAUUAUUGCAUCCACCCCAGCAGACAGCAUUGAAAACACAAUCUCUAACGAAAUAACACUGCCAUUUAUUUAAAGGACUCUAGAUGCUGUGAAAAAUGAUGUUGGAUAUGUAGUGUUCGCACCAGGGCUUUGGUGUUUGUGAUAAGGACGUUUAGGAAGAUGCUGAAGUCUUAUUUAAUAUCCUUCCGUGAAGAGUAGAGCCCCUGUUUUUAACCUAUGUAUAUUCAAACCAAGAGAAUAAGACACCUAAAAUUUAUUGUAUUGUUAUUGUGCACCACCACUCCUGUACUGCCAAAUAUCUUUGAUGUGAAAAUAUGUAUUUUAACAAAAAAAGGAGCAAGAAAAGACACAAAAAAGUUGUAAAAACGUUAAUUGGAGGAAGUAGCCUUGAAGUUGAAAGAUGACAAACCGUAGUUCUAAUCUUUCCUGCGUUCAGUAGCAUUUUGUGGUAUUGUGUGCAUAUUGUUUUGGGGUUUUUUUUGUUUUCAACAUUCUGCCAUGCACUCAUAAACUCAAAAUGCCUCUCACAGGGCACAGAUAUGAAUGUAUAGCUUUCUGCAUUUAAAGGGCCAAGGUUCUUCAGCACUUUCCCAUCUGUAUAAGUUAUUUUCCCAUCAAUAUGAAUGAGCGUAAAGGUUCAGGGGCUAAACCUUCUCAUAUGAAUGUUUGGUCAGUGAGAGCUGGGUGGUAUAUCGGACUGGAAUUGUUUACAGCAGAAUAUCUGUAUCGCUUAGUGGAACACAUUUAGGUUAGUAUUUGCAGAGCGCAAGCUGCUAAAGUACAAUGCCAUUGGCAUCUGUUGAACAUCUUUCACUUCUUUUGCUCUUUUACUGGAAUAGCUCUUAACUUUGUUUUGUUUUUUUUUUUUUCUCAUGGCUUUGAAAUGUUCUUUGAAGUAAAGGUUAUCAGUCUGCUUGAUAAUAGACAGGACAAACAUGGUUUCUAGGAAACAUGGAAGCAUUGUAAUAUAGGAGUCUACAAUAUGCAAAAUAUUUGUAUUUUUUUAUAGACAUUUUUGAAGUAAUGCGUAUAUUUGGGAUUAUAGACAAAGCAAUAGUCGCACUUCUGAGUCUUAAUGUGAGGUUUUAAGGGUUUGUCUUUAAAUCCACAUUCAGUCUUUUGGUAGACCAAUUUAAACAUUUGGCACUUUGCAUUUUACAUUUUUAUGAUCUUAUUUCAAAACUCCAACUGCAAAAAGACCAAUUUACAUUUGUAUGACAAUAAUGCUGUGAUUUUGCUUUUCUAGAGUGUAUUUGGGUAUUUGAUUUGACUGAUUUAUCAGAAGUUCAGAUUCAUUUCUCACUUUGCAUAUUGCUUACAUAAUGUGAAUUUCUCUGAUAGUUUGCUGUCAAAAUGAUGAGGUUUUUGCCAGCACAGCUUGCCAGUUAUUUGAGGGCAGUGUGUGGAGUGCAAGCUCACCAAUGCAAGAAUUUUGAACCAGGCAUUUGAGCUUGAUACAUUUGUCGAACGCCACUGUGUCUCAGGCAGUGUGCGAAUUUGAGUAUAAUUUUUCUUAAUUUCUUUCUGUUUUAUUUAUUGAUUUAUUGAUAUCAAAUGUUUUCUGUUUUUGAUAAACUGUUCAUGUUUUAUCAAUUAGAUUUCUUCUUUGAGCCGUUGGGUUUCUGUUUUUGAUGUUCAUCAGUGGUUGUCUUUGUGAUUUUUCCCAGGAAGUUUACACUUAAUACUCACACUUUAGUCAAGAUCAAGACUUUGUCUAACAGAAGCAACGUCAACAAUAACAUCUGGUUAAGAUUAAGGUUUCAGGAGAAAAUCUUGCAUUGACUUUUACCUCACUUACUUUCAGCUGUGUAAAACGUCAGGGUGCAGAAUUGUUCUGGAGAGUAACUGUGGCCUCCUUAUUUUUAAUGUAACUGUCCAUUUAGAGCAUCUUGUCCUAUUAUUGUUUGCUUUUAGCUUUAGUGAAAAUGAAGUGGGGGGGGGGCAGAAUUGCCUGAAAUGUAGGCUAUUUGAGAAAUCUAUUAAAAAUAUAUGAAAAUGUGAAUUGUUCUGUGCUUCCUUACAUUGAUUGAAACAUUGUGUCUGGAAUAUUAAUGUCUUAGGAAAUAUCCCACUAUCAGAUUCCUCGUGCUGCAUCGAUGAGUCUAGAAACUGCAAGACCUUAUUGGCUGUGAGAAUAAAAUCGCCGGCAUUUGUUUAUUAUUACAU